CGCCAAGAGACUUAGCGUCUCAGAGUCCCCGUCUGCGGGGCCCUGCGGGGCGCUCGCGGCGCUGCUGAGCGCGCGCCCGCGCGCGCGCGCCUGGGGGCGCCGAAUGGGGGCGGCCUCUUGCGGCUGGGCAGCGCGGCCCAGGAGGUGAGCCUCGGGCCGAGGCGCUGCCUGCGGGCCCGCCGGCGCCCCGGCAGGCAGGGGGAUGGGCAACCUGCGCUGGCGGUGCCAGAGGCCCAAGGCGCGUCCUCAGUGCAGGGCUUUCGGAUGCUGCUUCGAGCAGUGUCGCGUCAAUCGUCAUCUCCGUCAUGAUCCAGAUGCACCUGCAGGACAUGCGUCUGAACAUGGUCGGAGACGCGGAGAAAGUUUUCCUAGACACUUGCUUGCGCGACUUCGAAGGGGUUUCGACACUUGAUCCGAGGUACCGCUCCAAGCGCAGAAAGUGCGUGCAGGAGUUCCACGACUCGCCCAGGCAUCACUGGCUCCCCAUGGUAAGGCAGCUUGUGGACCAGGGCGUCUGCGACCCAGGGGACCUCUGCGACAGCGGAGACCCUGGCCAGUGCGCGGACGAGGUGGCCGCAUGCUAUGCCCUCGUGGACAGCUCCAGGCACCCAUCCAAGACAGUCGCGGAGGCUGCGUCUCUGGAGUCCCAGUUCGUGGAGACUUGCAGGAGAGCGGGCCGCUGGGACGGCUACGAGCACGAGGUCCAACUCGAGUACUGCAUGUGGAAGCACAUGAGUGCCGCGGGGAUCUGCACGAACACCGUGCGGACCACCUGUCCCGAGGAUGAUAGCUGCUGCCCUCUUCCACAGAGCUACGUCGACGAGGCCGGCGAAAGCGUCCCGUCCGGGCCUCGGGUCUUUCACUGCCAGCGCUCCCCUGUGCUCGGCAUCUUCUGCCAGCACUCCGACUACGCCGCGCCGCCCCCUGGGUCGGGGCCGUGCACGCAGAUGAGCUGCCCCGGCAGCUUCCAGUGGUGCACGGACCUGGCGGACCUCUCGGGCCAGUGCUUGGGGACGCCGUGCCAGGAGUACCACCGCUCGCUGGCGUACGCCGCCCUCCUCGUCGCGAGCGCCGCGCUGGGGCUGCUGCUCGACCUGGCGGACGCCGCCGCGUGGGCGUGCCGACCGCGGGCCGCCCUCCCGAAGGCCGCGGCCGGCUUCCUCGCCGCAGCGGCGAAGCUCACGGGGCUGGCGCUGCUGCUGGCCUCCGGCAUCGGGGACCUCGUGGACGCGGUCGUCGCGAAGGGCUGCUUCAAUCCUGCGGGCGCCCGGAUGCUCGACGAAGACCUGCGCGGCCUGCUCGCCGCCUUCGGCCUCGCCUGCGGCUCCGCGGGGGCGGCGUCCCUCGCCGCCGCUCCCCUGUCGGCGCUGUGGGUGGGGCACUUCUCGGAGCUGCCCUACGCGCGCCGGUCGCUGAGCGCGUGACCUUGUCGGGGGCAACUCCCCCCCUGUCGUUUUCCCCUCGCCUUGGCGCGCUGUCCCCGGCGCGGCGCGGCGUCGGAAAGGUGCGUGCUGCGUGCGUGCUCUGCAGCUGCCUACGGCAAUCUCCGCCACCGUGCUCGCCCAGCAUGCUGUGUGGCGGCUCUUCGACGGGGCACGGCAGGCGGUCCCGUGUGACACCUCGUGUCUCCCGGCUUGGGAGGCUGCCCUGCGCGCGCGGGGCGCUGAGCGCGUGGCAUUGGUGUCCGUGUCCGGCGCGGUCUCGGG